GCUUCUUAGAAGACAAUUUUUCACAUUAUUUAUGAAACAAGAACCUCAUAUUAAUACGAUCGCAACUAAGAUUUACAAAUGCAAAAGAACCGAAGCUUGCAUUUAUCAAGCACGACGUACAUUUAAAAAUUUUGGACAUAGGCAGAAGCAACUCGGCCCAUUAACCCAAAAAUUUGGAUUUGCGACAGUAUCGUUUAUUAUUAUAACCAGUCUUAAUUGGCAUAAAAUAAGGAGUAUUUUCUUUCCAAGUAUAGAAGCAGCGGCAAAUAUUGAGUCUAAUGAAAAUGAAGAGGAAAAUUAUAUUACCGAAGAGUUUGAACAGGAUGAAAUCAAAAAGAAAAAAAGCAAGAAAGAUAAAGUGGGAUUUCGAGAUAGAAAGAUAAUCGAAUAUGAGAACCGCAUAAGGCAAUUUUCAACUCCAGAUAAAGUGUUUCGAUAUUUUGCAACACUUGAAGUUAUAAAUCCAGUCAAUGGUACACAUGAGGUGUUGAUGACUCCAGAUGAUUUUUUAAGGUCACUGACACCUGGUGUUUUACAGCCGCAGGGUUUAGGAUUGGAUAAAUACAAACGGUAUGAUCCCAAGACUGUGCAUACAAAACUAGAGUUGGAGUUAAGCGAAAACAGUAUUUUCUACAAACUUGGAAGUUACGGUCUUAUAACAUUUUCAGAUUAUAUAUUUUUACUCACUGUUUUAUCAACAUCUCGUCGGCAUUUUGAAAUAGCUUUUAGAAUGUUUGACGUAAAUGGUGAUGGUGAUGUAGAUUUUGAAGAAUUUAAUAAAGUUUCGAAUUUAAUUCGCCAACAAAGCAGUAUUGGUAAUCGUCAUAGAGACCAUGCAAAUACUGGUAAUACGUUUAAGGGCGUUAAUUCAGCACUAAUGACUUAUUUUUUUGGAUCUGAUUUAAAGCAAAAACUGAAAAUUGAAAAGUUCCUGGAUUUUCAACAGCAAUUGCAGGGUGAAAUUCUGAGUCUUGAGUUCGAGCGGAAGGAGCCCAAUGACAAAGGUUAUAUCAGUGAAGUUGCUUUUACCGAAUUACUUUUAGCUUAUGCUGGCUUUACAGAGAUAAAAAAAUCGCGUAUAAUUAAGAGAGUUAAGAAAUUUUUUAAGGACAGUUCUGAGGGGGUUCAUAAAGAGGAUUAUCUUAAAUUUUUUCAUUUUCUAAGUAAUAUCAAUGAUGUCGAUACAGCUCUGACAUUUUAUCAUAUAGCUGGAGCAUCAAUUGAUCCAGCUACCUUAAAGCACGUUGCAAAAACUGUAUCUCACGUUGAUUUGUCCGAUCAUAUAAUCAAAGUUGUUUAUACAAUUUUCGAUGAAAACAUGGAUGGGCAAUUGAGUAAUCGAGAAUUUGUUGCUGUAAUGAAAAACCGAGCGCUUCGGGGCUUAGAAAAGCCCAAAGAUACUGGAUUUGUUAAGCUUUUACAAUCUAUUUUAAAAUGUGCGAGAAAUAGUUAUGCUAGCUAAUUAAAAAAUAAUAUUUUUCAA